UACAAGAGAAUUACAUAUACCUACCUACUUACUUAUUAUAUAAACCGUCUUAUGGAAAUACUAGCAGCCCAGCCAACGCUUUUUUGUUUUUAAGAUGGCUAUUCAAAAAUCUGAGGAUCUUUACUUAAACAGAGCAAAAUUCGUAAUGAAAUAUUUAGGUGUUUGGGUCCCGCCAGUUGAUGAAGGGGUGCCUCAAAAAACUUACAGAUUCUUUAUGAUGUCUCUGCAGUAUCUAUUUCUGAUAUUCCAAAUGGUGUACAUAAUACAGGUAUGGGGAGAUCUUGAAGCUGUGUCGCAGGCCUCAUACUUAUUAUUCACACAAGCUUGUCUGUGUUUCAAAGUCACAGUUCUGCAGCUAAACGUGGCUUUACUAAGAGACUUGUUGAGACGUAUGAACGAAAAGGUUUUCUUGCCCCAAACUGCUAAGCACGAAAGUAUACUGAAAGUGCAAGCUACAAGGAUCAAGCGACUACUUCUAGCAUUUAUGAUCAGCUCGCAAACUACCUGCGGUUUGUGGGCAUUGAAACCGCUGUUUGACGAUGCCGGCAGUCGGAACUUCCCUUUCGAUAUGUGGAUGCCCGUCAAGCCAGAGUAUUCCCCGGACUACGAAUUGGGUUACACGUUUCAACUGGUGACCAUCUGUAUGAGCGCUUACAUGUACUUCGGAGUGGAUAGUGUUGCCCUAUCGAUGGUCAUUUUUGCUUGUGCUCAAGUGGACAUCAUUAAGGACAAGAUAUUAAGUAUUAAACCUAUUGAAGCUAAAUAUGAACGAGAUGCCGAAGGGAAAAAGGAAAUCUUAUCCGAAAAUUACAGCAAACUCAUAGAAUGUAUAAAACACCACCAGGCUAUAGUUUCAUUUACAAAGCUGGUAGAAGAUGCAUACCAUACGUUUUUAUUAUUUCAACUUGUUGGGAGUGUUGGUCUCAUUUGUAUGUCUGCUUUGAGAAUUUUAGUGGUGGAUUGGCGCAGCAUGCAAUUCUUUUCAAUACUGACCUACCUGUCGGUGAUGAUUAGUCAGCUGUUUGUAAGUUGCUGGUGCGGCCAUGAAUUAACGGCCACAAGUGAGAAUCUUCCUACCGUGCUGUACACGUGCGCGUGGUACGAACAAGACGUCAGGUUCAUCCGAACGCUGUGCUUUGCCAUGAUGUGUAUGAAGCAGCCGUUGGUACUGCGCGCAGGCCAUUAUAUUAGUCUCUCCAGGCAGACUUUUGUAUCUAUUCUACGAAUGUCUUACUCGUACUUCGCGGUUUUGAAUCAAACAAAGUAAUAAUUAUAGACACUCUAUGAAGUAUCAAGUUGUAUCAACUGACACUACUGCACUUUGUUAUAUUUUUGAAAUCUCUAAGUCAACGAUAUUUAUAAAAUUAUCGUUGCUUUAAGUAUUAAGUAACCUAACAUUUUAGAAUUUGUACUUGAGGUACUUAUUUGCAUAGAAUAUGUAAAUAAGUACCUACUCGUACAUACAUAAAAGUUUAUAGGUAAUGUAUUCGUUUCCAGGUUUCCACAAUAUAAUUCUAGCUACAUAUAUUUAACUUCUAAAUUUUAAUUCAUAUUCAUUAUUUGUAAUUUCUUAAUUGUUCCGCUCUACUAAUUCCCACCUUAGGUUAAGUUUGCAAACAAAACUCAUUAUAGUUCCAGUUUUGCUAAGUUUGUAAUUGGUACAGAUACAGUGUGUUGUGCUUAUGUUUAUAGUUUAAAUAAAUCCUAUUCAGAUCA